AUGAAAACACUGGAGAAGUACCAGAAGUACAGUUACAGUGCACUGGAGACCACCAGACCAACUAACGACAUCCAGAACUACCAGGAAUAUUUGAGAUUAAAAGCAAGGGUAGAAGUCUUGCAACGUUCACAAAGGAAUCUACUCGGGGAAGAUCUUGCCCAAAUGAAUACAACUGAUCUCGAGCAGCUUGAGAAUCAACUAGAGGCAGCACUGAAGAAUAUUAGGUCAACAAAGACUCAAUUCAUGCUUGACCAGCUUGCUGAUCUUCACGAACGGGGUGUAACCUUGGCUUUUACAAACUCGAUGCAGGAAACAUUGCUUGUUGAAACUAAUAAUGUGUUAAGGAGUAAGGUAACAACUAUUUCCAACUCAAAUGCAAUUUUCUCAUGA